AUGCCCUACAGUGUCCCCGUCGCUGGCGUCGCUGCGCCCCUCCCGCCUACACCCGCCCAUGCCCACCACGCCCACGGCUGCCCGGGCCACCGCCGCUCGUACACCUUCGACCAGGAGACAAGGGGGCCCGGCGCGUUCAGCAGCCUCGGCGUCCUCCCGCGGCGCACCCCGCCCACUUCGGCGAAACGAUUCCACUUUAGGGCGGACGACGAGGACGGGAGCUCGUCCAGCAGCGACGAGCAGCCGGCGAUGUCGACGACGGCGAUGCCGGCCUGGGCACAGCCAGCAAAGGGGCGGGAGACAGACGAGGAGGACGGCCCGCCCCCGCCGCUACGGCUCCGCCAGCUGCCUUCGUUUUUGGGUGCCAAGGCCUCGCCCCCGCGCUCGCCGCAGCGCUCGCCCAACUCGUCGUUCAUCGGCGUGCCCUUCCCGCGCUCCGGCUCCCCCGCGCCGACCACCCCGCCAAUCCCGGUCCGCCCCGCGCUCCCCGGGCGCGCAAGCAGCCAGCCGGUCAUAUUGCUGGCCAACGGGAAGCCGCUCAAGUCGAGCCUGAAGUCGAGUCGCAGCGCGCCGCACGUGCCGUCCCACCAUCUGCGGGCCCGCUCGGCGCCGUCCACGCCCGCGCUGUCCCCCUCGGGCACGGGCACGCCGGAGGAGCUAGAGGAGGAGCACGACCCCGCCGCGUUCGCCGCCGCCCUUGGCCUGGAAGGCGAGUACGUCGAGAGCCCGAGCACCCCGAAGGCGGUGCACUUCCCGCCGCCGGACGACGGGCUCGAGACCGUGCGCGUGUUCAAGAGGACGGCACGGCCCGCGAGCGUGAGCUUCCCGCUCGGCGCGGAGGACGAGACGGAGACCGAAACUGAGACGGACAGCGGCGUAAGGUGGGUGUCGAGCGCGGCGGCGGCGGCGGGGAGUGGGAGGGAGGGCGGCAGGCGGACGGUGUCGAGCCCGUUGAACCCGAGUCCGAGGAUGGCGGAGGAGAGGAAGGAGGGAGAGGAGUGGCGGUAUGUUGUGGACGCGCCGGGGAUCCCGCGGGCGAGGGACGGCGCGAGCAUGGUUGUGCUGGAGAGCGUCACGUUGGAGACGCCCCCCGGCGAGCUCCACCUGCGCGGCACGCUCCUCGUGCGGAACGCCGCGUUCGAGAAGCACGUGUUCGUGCGCUUCACGCUCGACGGGUGGCUCACCACGAGCGAGGUCGGCGCGCGCUACCUCGAAUCCACCACGGCCAGCGAUCCCGGGCCAGGGUGGGACCGCUUCGGCUUCUCGAUCCGGUUAACCGACUACGCGCACGUGCAGAAGGGCCGCGGGCUGGUGGGCCGCGAGCUCGAGAUGGUGGCGCGGUUCUGCGUGCCGUGGGUCGCGGAGGGCGGGGCGGCGCCGUAUGUGUGGUGUGAUCCGGAGGAGCCGACAGAGAAGGGAGGAGAGAGACGGUGGCUGGGCACGGGCGCGCCCGGGCCGGGGGAGUGGUGGGAUAAUAACGGGGGGAAGAACUAUCGCGUUGGGUUCCGGGCGGAGACGGCCACCGCGCCGGCCCCUGCGACCACCACGUCUCCCGCGCCCGGUCCGCCGCCGGCGUCCGCGCCGCCUUCUGUCCCGACGUCGACGAUCCCGUUCCCGCGCUCCUCGCCGCAGUCCGCAUCGCCGUUGCAACCCCACCUUACGCUCCCCGUGGCCAUACCGCCGCCCCCGCCACGGACGGCACACGCCCAGGCGCUCGCGGCGAAGCUCGGCCGGCUGAGUCUGCGGAACUACGCCGCGCCGACACCUGCGCCGAGGCCGAGUUCGUGGGCGGGGUUCGUGCAUUCGAGUCCGCCACGUGAGCAGUCGAGCCCGCCGCGGCUGUCGCCCCUGGUGAUCAACGAGCCCCUGCCGGCUGCGAAUGCCCAGGCGGGGGUCGGGCUGUACUGGCCGUGGGGCCGGACGGCGGUGGCCCCGGAAGUGGUUAGAGCGUCAGCUUGGAGGUGUGUUGUUUCUUUCUCUCCGGUUUCGGGUGCUCACAAGGCACAGACGCCCCCCGGCGAGCUCCACCUGCGCGGCACGCUCCUCGUGCGCAACGCCGCGUUCGAGAAGCACGUGUUCGUGCGCUUCACGCUCGACGGGUGGCUCACCACGAGCGAGGUGGCCGCCAAGUACCUUGCAUCCACGCCGUCCGGCGACCCCGGGCCGGGGUGGGACCGCUUCGGCUUCUCGAUCCGCCUGACGGACUACGCGCACGUGCAGAAGGGCCGCGGGCUGGUGGGCCGCGAGCUCGAGAUGGUGGCGCGGUUCUGCGUGCCGUGGGUCGCGGAGGGCGGGGCGGCGCCGUAUGUGUGGUGUGAUUCAGAAGAGCCGACAGAGAAGGAGAGGGAAAGAAGGUGGAUGGGGACAGGCGCGCCUGGCCCGGGGGAGUGGUGGGAUAAUAACGGGGGGAAGAACUAUCGCGUUGGGUUCCGGGCGGAGACGGCCACCGCGCCGGCCCCUGCGACCACCACGUCUCCCGCGCCCGGUCCGCCGCCGGCGUCCGCGCCGCCUUCUGUCCCGACGUCGACGAUCCCGUUCCCACGCUCCUCGCCGCAGUCCGCAUCGCCCCUCCAGCCCCACCUCACGCUCCCCGUGGCCAUACCGCCGCCGCCGCCGCCCCCGCCACGGACGGCGCACGCCCAGGCGCUCGCGGCGAAGCUCGGCCGGCUGAGUCUGCGGAACUACGCCGCGCCGACACCUGCGCCGAGGCCGAGUUCGUGGGCGGGGUUCGUGCAUUCGAGUCCGCCACGUGAGCAGUCGAGCCCGCCGCGGCUGUCGCCCCUGGUGAUCAACGAGCCCCUGCCGGCUGCGAAUGCCCAGGCGGGGGUCGGGCUGUACUGGCCGUGGGGCCGGACGGCGGUGGCCCCGGAAGUGGUUGUCACCGAGGUGCCCGAGGAGGACGAGUCGGACUCGGACCGCGAGGGAGAUGGCAACUCGCUGCUGGCGGAGCGGCGGGAGGAGGAGACGCCGCCGACGUCGCCGCUCGGCGCGCGCGGGCUCGCGGGGCUGCUUGAGGCGGGCGACGGCGCGGGGAAGGCGGAGAAGGAGACGGAGACGGAGGUGCGCGGCCCGCCGACGGGCGCGGAGACGAGCAGCAGCGUGUACCGCGCGUUCGUGCAGCAGUGGUGCUUCGCGGGCGCGGGGUAG